AACCUUGUUGUCCUUCCCACGAAAUCAUCAAAUAGAAAGAAGAAGAAAAAUCAACUCUUUUUUAUUCUUUUGGCCUUUGCGGUUAUCUAAAGCCAUCAUCAGUUGUUUGAAGUGAAAUCGAUCUUCUACAAUUCUAGGGUUUGAUAUUGUUUUUUUCAAUUUCAGUAUAAAUGAAGCCGAUACGGUUACCGGAACCUCCAUCAAGUCCACGAGGAAUCGGCGGUGUGCCGGAUAUAUUUGAAGGUGGAGUUCAUGGUGUGAUUAGGCGAGCUGUUGUCAUCGGUAAUGGUUUUCCUGCUUCGGAGAAUCAAAGUAUUGGUUUGAUUCAAGCACUCGGCCUCUCUGAUAAGCACACUCUAUAUCGGGUUACUAGACCAAGAGGAGGAGUGAAUGAGUGGCUACACUGGCUUCCUGUAUCAUUACACAAAACGGUGUAUUACAUCAUAAGCCAGAUAUGUGGGAUUCUAUUGAGAAGAAGGACUAGAAAACUAGGAACUUUGCCUAUGGAAAAUGGUGGCAAUGUAGGCUUGUCAUCUAUUUUGGAAGCUGACGUGAAGAGUAUUGUUAGAAUGGCUAGCGAGACAUUUGAGAAGGAUGGUCCAUUGCUGGUGAUUGCAUCUGGAAGAGAUACGAUCUCAAUAACUAGCUCCAUUAAAAGAUUGGCAUCUGAUAAUGUUUUUGUUGUCCAGAUUCAGCAUCCAAGGUCCCGUUUGGACAGGUUCGACAUGGUAAUCACCCCCAAGCAUGACUAUUACUCUUUAACUCCUCAAGGAAAGGAACAGGUUCCUCGUUUUCUGCAAAAGUGGAUAACACCCCAAGAACCACCUGAUAAGCAUGUUGUACUUAUGGUAGGAGCUCUACAUCAAGUUGAUUUUGCUGCCCUUAGAGCUGCAGCUGCCACCUGGCAUGAAGAGUUUGCACCUUUGCCGAAGCCCUUGUUGGUGGUCAACAUUGGAGGCCCUACAAGAUACUGCAGAUAUGGGGCAGACCUUGUAAAGCAAUUAACAGCCUCCCUUCACAAUGUUCUUGGGAGCUGUGGGAGCAUAAGAAUCUCGUUCUCCAGAAGGACACCAGAAAAGCAUUCCAAAAUCGUGGUCAAAGAGCUUGGUUUGGAUCCAAAAGUACACAUUUGGAAUGGUGAAGAGCCAAAUCCACACAUGGGGCAUCUGGCUUGGGCUGAUGUUUUUGUUAUCACAGCAGAUUCAGUUAGCAUGUUGAGUGAGGCUUGCAGUACUGGGAAGCCUGUGUAUGUAGUUGGAGCCGAACACUGUACAUGGAAGUUCACAGAUUUCCACAAGACACUUAGAGAGAGAGGACUGACUAGGCCAUUCACUGGACUUGAGGAUAUGUCGGAAAGCUGGAGUUACCCUCCUCUUAAUGAUACCGCAGUUGCAGCUAGCCGUGUGAAUGAAGCUCUUGCUGAGAAAGGAUGGAAGAUUAAAGCAUAGAAAAUCCUUUUGGUCUAAUAUUGUUGUUGUUACAAAUUUUACUUCUCUUUUUACAUUUAUGAUGUGUUCAGAGUUCUUAGUCCAUGUAUUAUGAUUGAUUUAAUUUUACAGAAGGAAAAAAAGAAGAGAUAUACAGAUAAAAUCAGAGUUGAACAAUGAGGCUCUUAUUCUUUUUUAACUCAUUGAGGGGGUUUUCCACUUAUAUAUUGACAAAAAUAAAUGUCAAUCUUCAUAUGUAAAGUAGAAGCAUUUGCUUGCUCAACCAAAGAUAAAAAAAAAAUUAACAAGUUUAAAUCUAA